AUGAGGCAGUCUUCAUCUUUCACUGCCGGACUGCUGUCCAUGGCGUCGCUUGCUUCUCUCACGCAAGCGGAAUUAGGCAAGAUCCAAUGGAAAGGACUUUGCGACCCAACAAAUGCCACAGGGCCGAUGAUCUGCGGAACACUCGACGUGCCAUUGGACUACACAGAUUCUACAUCCAACAAGACUUUGACUCUGGAUAUCGGCAAAUGGCCGGCGGCCAAGAAAGCAACCGCAGAGCCUGUCUUUGUCAACUUUGGUGGCCCUGGUGUAAAUUCCUUCGAGGGCCUUGGAUCAUAUGGCAAGGAAUUCCAAACUAUCCUCGGUGGACACUCUGAUGUCAUAACCUUCAACCCUCGGGGUGUCGGAAACACGAUUCCAUUUUCGUGCUAUAGCAAUGACUCCUCCAGGGAGCUUGCAUCGCUUCAGGCUCCAAACGACGGCACAGCGUCUAAUACAGCCCGGGGUGAAAUAUGGGCCCAGAGCACAAACUAUGCACAAGCAUGUUAUGCCCAGAAUGGCGAGAAUGGAAGUCUCAUUGGAACUACCUUUGCGGCGAGGGACACGUUGCAGGUCCUUGAUGCUCUCAGGGGAAAGAAUGCUUUGCUGAAUUACUGGGGAAUCUCCUAUGGCACUACGGUCGGUGCUGUCAUGGCAGCUAUGUUCCCCGAAAGAAUGGGAUAUCUGGCCCUUGAUGGUGUGGAUAAUCCAGCUGAGUACUUCAACGGAUAG